AUGUCAUCCCAUACCCUCCCGAAGUCUUUCGCCAUCGAGCGCUCGGAUUCUCCAGCAUCAUCAAAUGGGAGAGCAUCGAUAAAGAAACCUCGACCCAUCUUCCGAGACUUGCGAAACACUCUGGCACUGCAGGCAACCGAGAGCAGCCGUUAUAGUAUCGAACAAGGUGUCCCCUUUGACGGUUUCUCUUUCUCCAUCACAGAAAGUCCCUCCUCUCUGGAACGUCGUAGGAACCACCACGGAAACGGCAAGUAUCGAGUCAGCCCUAUUGCCUUCUCUGCUACUCCGCAUGCUGCACCCUUGCUCGACAUGCCAGGGUACGCACCCGUCGAUGCGCUUGCCUUUCGCGUUUCAAAUCGUGAUACGCCUGCUGAAGAAGAAAAUAUUUUCAUUAGCAAGCGUAGCUCAUCGACGAUCGUUUCAUAUUCUGAUCAUGGAAAUCCCGGUAUCGACAACAAUCCCUCACUUCUAGAAUCCAAACAUGCUGCCAUCCAUCACUGUACCAAACCACUCAAUCCGCUAAACCGUCGCGUCGUCGAUCGGGAGGCCCUAGCCUUCACUAUCCCUCCGUGUUCUCCUAUACUCCCGCUCAGCCCACCUACUGCAUCAAGCUCUCCGAUAUCUGACCUUCUUUCCAAGCAUUCUGGUAGGAUAUUCAGGCUCGUCCCAACCCAGAAUGACCGCCUCGUGCAUGCUGUUGCAACCGACCUGACUGAUUACCACGUCGAAAGCCCGCUGGAAAGUCCUUGCUCGUCCUCCCCGACACAUAUCGGCUUUCCUCCCGAUAUGCUCGCACUGCUUCAGGAACUCGAUGAGCUUGCUGGUUGGGUCCAAGAUUUUCCAUACCCUGAAGAGGCUUCAGGGGCACUUGAUAUUCUUACCACUGGCUCAACCGUACCUGUAUCAUGUCCGCAUGCGCUCCAACAGCUCGGCAAUGACCUAAGUCAUCAUUCCCUCCAACAAUCCGCAUUGUCGGACAAAGGUAAGAGGCGGAGGCUGACCGAAUCCACUGAUGAUAUAUCCGAGUGCCAGUUUCCAACCAGUCAUUCGGCCAUUUCACCAGCCAGCACACCCGUCGCACGGAGGCGAUCAGUCCGAUAUAUAUACGACCCUCGGGGCACACCAUCAUUUCUUGUCGGUAGUUCUACCUCACCGGUCGUAUACCCCGCAGAAGGGUACCGGAGUCCCCCUCGCGAAGUCAUCACACCUGGUUCAUCUCCCAUUACCAGUUUCACUGCAAGCACCCCUGUCAUCCGAGCAUGCGGUCGCCGCUCCGUACCCAGUGUAUCUCCGCCGCCCUUGGUCUCUCCGCCUACUGGCAUGACUUCGUUCAAGGCGCUCUUUAAGAGGUCUCGCUCCAAUACGAUGUCAGUGCCCCGGCCAAACACGUGCGGGAAGGGAAAGAAGAAAUUUGGGUGGCUGAAGAUUUAG